AUGAACAUUCAUAAGGGCAUGAUUGGUUUGAGGGACAAUGGAAUGCAAGAAACUCACGUGAGCGUCUCCAACGGUGGGGUUGCAGCGUUGGCACCAAACAUUCCAGCACUCUAUGAGUUACAUUUUGGCAUUCCAAUGGUCGGGGCAGUACUUUCUCCACUCAACACUAGACUCGACAAAGCCAUGUUAGCAUUGAUUCUAAAGCAGUUGGAAGCCAAAAUCAUUUUUGUAGACAAUCAAUUUGUUUCAGUUGCUCUUGAAGCAUUUCAGCUUCUCUCCCAAUCGAAUAUCAACCCACCAGGUUUAAUCUUGAUCUUUGAAAGCAAUCAAGCAACAUCUUCAAUUGAAAAAGAGCCCCAGCUGCGUAAUCUGGAUUACAAAGGGCUUCUUGAAAUGGGGCAAGUUGAUUUUCAGAUUAUUCGUCCCGAAGACGAAUGUGAUCCAAUAUCAGUUUGUUACACAUCUGGUUCUACAGGGAAGCCUAAAGGGGUAGUGUAUAGCCACAGAGCUGCCUAUCUCAAUUCAUUGGCUGCAAUUUUUUCUGAUGAAAUGAGACGAAUGCCGGUGUUCCUCUGGACAGUGGACAUGUUCCGCUGCAAUGGGUGGUGCUUCACUUGGGCAUUGGCUGCUCUUGGUGGCACCAGUAUCUGUCUUAGAGAUGUCUCAGCAAAAGCAAUUUUCGAUGCCAUAUCUCUUCACAAAGUUACACAUUUAUGUGGAAAGCCCACCAUCUUAAACCAGAUUGCAGAUGCACCAGUCACUGAUCAGCAACCACUUCCUUGCCGAGUGGAGAUCAAAAUUUCUGGUGCAUGGCCACCACCUCAUGUUCUAAACAAAGUCGAGGAAUUGGGAUUCAAUGUCAAUUACGCAUAUGGAAUGACCGAAGCCCUUGGUCCAGUGAUCUCCUCUAGAUUGUGGAAACCUGAAGCCAAUUGUUCUCCUCUGGAAGAACAUACUCUACUAGAAAAAACUCAACAGAACUCUGUCCCCGAAGUUUUUGGGUCAGAAGAACUUACAAAGAUAAAAUACCGUGAAAGGAUUCAAAAUCUACUUAUGGAAGGAGUUGAUGUAAAAGAUCCAGAUACCAUGACAAGUGUGCCCCCUGACGGAAAAACCAUCGGAGAGGUGAUGUUCAGGGGUAAUAUUAUGAUGUCGGGAUACAUAAAAAAUAAGGAAGGGACUGAAAAAGCCUUCAACGGUGGUUGGUAUAGGACCGGGGACCUUGGAGUCAGACACUCGGAUGGUUACAUACAAAUGAAGGACCGCGCUGUGGAUAUGAUCAUAUCUGGGGAAGAAAGUAUAAGCACACUUGAGGUGGAAGCUGUGUUACUUAGUCAUCCUUUGGUUAUGGAAGCUGCUGUUGUUGGGAAACCUGAUGACCUUUUGGGUGAGACACCUUGUGCUAUUGUGAAGUUGAAAGAGGGGUUUGGAGUGACUUCAGAGGAGAUUAUUAAAUUUUGUGCAGAUCAUUUGCCACAUUAUAUGGCUCCUCGGACUGUUGUUUUUGGGGAUUUGCCUGUCAAUUCAACUGGCAAGAUACAGAAACAUGUUCUAAGGAAGAGGGCCAAUACCAUGGGCAGCCUUUCGUAGUAAGAUGGGCAUGAAACUCUUACUGUUGUUGUGUGUCUUUGUAACUUUCAGCCUUCUGCUCUAUAA